AGGUUCGAGGAUCUCAAGGCCAAAGGGUGCAAUUUACUCGGACCACAAUGCAUUCUUUCAUGUGCUAAGGAGCAUCGUUCCCUGCCGAAGCAAGGCUAUACUUGUUGUCUUGCAAUGGAUGGGGUUAAAAUACUCUGUUCAGGCUUCGAAAAAGAUGAGAGGGAAAAGAUCGAACACUUAGUCACUGCUAUGGGAGGUCUUCUUCAGGCUAAAGUGUCCAUGGAUGUUAACUUUGUGAUUGCAAAGGAUGUAUUGGCUGCCAAAUACAAAUGGGCCGUGAAUAAUCUGAAGAAGCCUAUUGUCACUAUGAACUGGUUGGAGCAAUGCUGGAUCGAACAUCGUGUUGUGCCUCAUGAACCAUACAGGAUUCUUCCUUUUACUGGGUUGUGCAUAUGCAUCACCAAAAUAGAGGCAGAUACACGUAAGGAGUUGAUGGAAAUAAUAGAGCAGAAUGGUGGCCAGUAUUCAGCAACUCUUACAAAGAAGUGCACUCAUUUAGUUGCAAAUGAACCUGGAGGUGACAAGUAUCUUGUAGCUAAAAAAUGGGGUAACAUUUACAUCGUGGAUCGGAGAUGGGUUGACCAAUCUGUUGCUCGAAGAGUUUGCGUAGAUGAGAAUGCCUAUGUCAUUCGCCAGCGUUCUACGAAUUAUAACGGCAUAAAAAGUUCCCUCCAGGAGCAACGAAACCCAGAGAAAAGUAGUGCAAGUUUUCAAUCUGUUCCAGCAGCAUCAGUUGAUGAUUCAGUAUCAACAUCACAGUAUGCGCCAGUCUCUUCUGCUUAUGCUUCAAAAAUCUGCAGCACGGAUAUUGCUGGCACACCUGGUGUUGAAGAGACAAACGAAAUGCAGGUUGAUAGUCAUGUAGCUCAGGACUCAGAGGCUGAAGAUGAUGAUCUUUACUUAUCAAAUUGCAGAAUUUCUCUUGUGGGUUUUGAGGAGAAAGAGUUGUCAAGGUUAGUCAUGAUGAUACGCGAUGGUGGUGGAUCCCGGCAUGUUAUGUUAAGUGAGAGGCUUACUCAUAUUAUUCUAGGUGCACCUUCAGAGGAAGAGAAAAAGGAGGUAAGACGCCUGGCUGCUUGGGGUGUGAUAAAUGUGGUAAAGGUAACAUGGUUAGAAGACUGCAAUAAAACAAAAACGGAAGCUAAAGUAUCCACAGCUCAUUUGGCUAACGAUUUACUAUCAAAAGAAUUUUCGUUUCUGGGCAUGGACAAACCAUCUGCUACACGUGAGACAAAGGUAGCCAAAAGUUCAUGUGGAAUGUUUCAUGUUCCAACUGUCAAUGAUUCACAUGAUAAGCAGCUUGCGAAAGAUCUGUCAUCUGAAAGAAAACCAGCCAGGGACAAACAUGCAAAUGUGAAUAAUAGCCGAGCAGCAACCAGGUCUGCAAAAUCAAGCCAACAAAAUGGAUUGAGCACUAUCAGCAAAGCAACUUCAUCUGCAGUGAAUUCUCAGAGUAGCGCUUCUUCAAGUACUUUCAAAGGGAGAACAUUUUGUUUCUCAAAUUCAUUUUCUCAUGAUCGGAGAGCUGAGGUUAUCGAUUGGGUGAGAAAAGGGGGAGGCACUAUGGUGGAUGACGCACAAGCUACUGUUGCGGAUUUCAUAAUCGAGUGCCAUGGACAGAAAGGCAUGCAAUGUGACUUCUCUCAUUCAACCGUUGUUUCAACUCAAUGGAUUGCCUCAUGUUUUGAGGUGGGCUACUUGCAAGAUGUUGGAAGUCAUCCAAUCUUCUCUCCUUUGCGUUGUCGCAUCCCAUUCCCAGGGUUUGAGAACUUUCGUUUCUGUGUUUCACAAUAUGAAGACAAAGAUAGAGUUCUGCUGAAGAACCUCUGCCUUACUCUAGGAGCCAAAUUUACAGACAAAGCAACAAAGAGAGUGACUCAUCUUAUCUGUAAAUUCGCAAGCGGUCCAAAGUACGAGGCUUACCUUCAUAAGGAAAUUCCAACCAUUACUGUAGAGUGGCUCUUCGAAUGCGUGAGACAGGACACAAUAAUACCUUAUGAUCAGUUUCAACCAAAACCACCUACUUCUCAGGACAGGGAUGCUGGUCUGUGUACUGUUAGUCAAUUUCCUACACAAGCUGCUAAUACAACCUCUAAAAUUGACUGCCCCGAGUCACUUAGUGAAUUUCAAGUACCAAGAAGCAGUUCAAAACACAGCUCUGGCUCCUCUGUUUCUGAUACAACCUCUAAAAUUGACUGCCCUGAGUCACCUAGUGAGUUUCAAGUACCAAGAAGCAGUUCAAAACACAGCUCUGGCUCCUCUAUUUCCAAGGAGAAAAUUGCUUCUCCUUCUGUUCACAAAAGAAGAAGACCCGAAACGGGCAUGGCUAAUGAUACAUCUGGCGACAACGAAAGAACUGAGAAGCAUGUGGACAACAGCUGUAUUCCUGGUGUUGCAGAUUGCAUAGAGGACCUACUGGUCCAGUCAUCCAGGGAUCCUGCGCCUGAUGCUACUGUUGUUGGUCAAGAGGAGGAGCCUCAAUCUGUGUCAAAUUUCACUUCCCCAUCCAUGGAAAAUCUUUCAAACGACAACUGGCGAAAGAAGCAACACAUCCCCCCUGCCAAGAAGGUCCAGAGCCGAAACACCGCCCCGGCCCCAGCCCCCACUCCCUACUUGGCACCCUUUAGUGAGACACAGACAGAGUCCCAGAUCAUAGGAUACGAAGAAGAUUGGACUGGCAUGCAGAAGAUCAUCGACAGAGUUAGUUCUCAAAAGAAGAUGACUGAUAGUUCAGGCACAGGGCAUCAAUGGGACUCCAUCAAAUGAGACUGCUUGUCUCGAGUUAGGCAUAGACCCCCCCAUACAUCUAGCUGACUGCAGCGGGAUCUUCCACCCAACGACCCCAACACGCGUAAUCAAAAGAAGCAUUAUCAAAUCUGCCUGCCCUGUCUUGUUGUCGUCAGUCAGAUGGGUGGAAGAGUAGGAUGGACUAUGGAGGUUGUUCCUACGCAUGGGACAUCAUGUGCCGGUUGCACAACUGCCCAGAAGAUCAUCAUGAAAUGACACUGGGCAAUGUAUGUCUGUACCGCAGUUUUGUAUAGCGACUAAAGUGUUCUGCUUCGGUUUUUUUUCCUGAGAAGACAUUGUGAGCCUAUGACUAGUGUGUUUGCUGUACCGGUUCUAUUGUCUUGAGUAGUGUGGCUUUGUAGUUUGUACUUGAUGCUGUAUUAGUGAGAGUGUG